AUGGAGUGGAUGGUCUGGCUAUUGCUCGUUCCAAUUGUGAACGCUUAUCUAUAUGAGAAUUUUAUAGACGAAUCUGAUUCAUGGAUGCUGGAAUACACCCUGAGCAAUGGAAACGAGGAUUCCAGCCCGUGCACCGACUUCUACGAACAUGCGUGUGGCAAGUACGCGGAGCGCCACAUUGAUGAGCCCUUCAGCGGAAUCUUUGAGGAGGUGAACCACAAGGUGAACAAUUACCUUCUAGAAAUGGUAAAUAAGCUAGAAGGGAUUCACCAUGAUUCUAUCGAUGCGAGGCUCUCAAGAUUCUACCGCAGUUGCCUCGAAGCGCCGCCAGCAACGCGGAAGAUUGAGCAUUUCUUGAGACUGGCUCCUCCAGGCGAAGGGCUCACUUGGCCUCUUUUGACGACCAAUGGAACUGAUUGGCCUAAGGAUCCAAUUAAGUGGAUAAAAACCCUGGCACAUCUGCGGCGAUACGGCCUUAACGAUGUUCUAUUAAACAUGGAGUUUGAUCAUAAUUAUUAUAACAAUUCUAGUAUUCUCUUGAAGCUUAGUAGCCCCGAGAACAUCCAGGCAUUAGACUUUCGGGAAGCACAAAGAAUUCUUCGGGACUUGAACAUACCGUCAGUUAGGAUCACGACUCUCUUGCGAAAGCUCGGUAAUAUGGAAUUUGAUAUUAAUUCACUAGCCGAAUCGCAGCAAAACGGCCAGAUUAUGAGUGUGGAAAACAUGAAGAGACAAACCGGUUACGACUGGCAGGAGUUCGUCCAGACAUUAGUUGGCAUCGACAUUAAACCCAACUUCCGGUUGAUGGUGGAGAACUUGAAUUACUUUAUCGCCCUCAAGCGGCAAUUAGAAUUCACUGACCCUGAGCUGUUGGGUAACUAUAUAAUGAUCAAGUUUGCCAUCUUUCUGCAGAACGAAAUCGAAGGCAGUGGAGAUUCAAUAGGGUGCAUAAAGUAUGUGCGCCGCCACAUGUAUAUGGCCACAAGCCUGCUCAUUGCGGAAAGCCGCAAUUUAAAUCUCAAAAAUCAUUUAGAGAUAAUUGAGAAGAUCUUUGAAGGAGUUCGCCAGCAGUUGCUCCUAAAAAUCCAGCACAAUCGCCUUGACCUGACCGCAGAGCAGAAGGAUAUGGUUUCGAGGAAGGUUCGGGACACUGUCCUCAACAUCAGCAAACUGCCUGAGGGGCACAAUCUUCGGGAAUUUCUCUUUAAAUACUAUGAGGGUCUGGAGAUUCCUUUGGUGGACCAGGACUUUGCUCGGGAUCACCUCAUUCUUUCGCAGUUUUGGAACAGAAAGCAUCUGACGAAAUUAAGCCAACCGGCUCCAAAUCCCAAAAAUGAAUUCAUUUUGACCGAACCAAACAUGAUUGAAAGCGCUGAGCCGUACUAUUUGCCCCAAGGGAACGUUAUCGUCGUACCAGUUGACCUAGUGCAGGAUCCAUUCUUUCUGUUGAACACCCACGACGUCUUCAAGUAUAGCUCAAUGGGAUUUGUUCUCGCCAGAGAACUCAUGCACGCCAUCGACCCAAUUAAUAUCCGGUUCGACAGCGAGGGGAACCUUAACGAAGCUGGAGUUGAAAUCGCGAAUUCGCCGCGGUUCUUGGAGAGUCUGCAGUGCUUUAACACAACAGACUCAAACAUCAAAGGUCUCUUGGCUCAUAUCGGUGGAAUUAAUCUCGCCUACUCCGCUUACUUGGAAAGCAUUAAAAGCAGUUCGAAGAAUGGAAGCGAUAGCUCGGUCAUUGGUGUUCACCCAAACAACAUUACCAGCCUUCCCCUGCAACAGGUAUUCUUUCUAAAUGCGGCGCAGUCCUUCUGCAGAGAUGGUCUGGAUAAUAACAAUGUGUGGUUGAAGGAAAUGCUGUACAGCUAUUUUCCGUUCGACAGCGCUUUUGAAUGUUUCCCAAAAGAAGAUCAGUGUCGGAUGUGGUGA